AUGCAGACAAUCUCAUCUGAAGGUGCAGGUUGGCAUUUUGGUGCAUCCAGUGCCACUACCAAGCAGCUGGAGGACUUCAGCAUCAAAGAGAUGGCUGGGGAGAUGGAAACUAGCGCACCUGCAUUGUGGAACCUACUGGGUGGGUUACUUGGUGAAGAUCGCAAGCUGCCACUGAUCAUACAUGAGAAAGGAGAUCAAGACGCACCCAACAGCAUGAGCAGUAUGCAAAUGUCCGAUGAUGACAGUUAUUGGGAUCAGGUUGAAGUAAUAGAUCUUGAGGGGUUUAUCAACGGACUUACAUCUUCAACAGCACCCAAAGCAGACCGACAUGAAUUGCGUAGUGCUGCAAUUAUCAGCAUUGUGAAAAAGGUGGUCAUUCUCAGUAUUUUGAUGCAAAGUACCAACCGCAAAUCCAACACACUGCAAAGUAUACUCGGUAUAUUCUUGCAGUCCAUGCACACACCACAGCACGUUGUCGACACCCUUGCAUGA